UGAAAGCACUUCCAUUCCGACCCUUUUAUCCGCAUACAUAUCUUAUCAAGUGUCAUCGAAUUUAUUUGUUACUUGUUGUAUUGAUCGCAAUCAUGGACGCCGCUCGUGAAAUGUACCAAAAAACGGAAACUGCGCUGAAGACGACAGCCGAAAAAACGACAACUUUCCUUGGUGGUAUCACUGGAGGACUAUCCGCCAAAAUAGGAGCAGUUAAGAACUCCGACACUUUCCGUUCCAUGGAAGAAAGAGUCGGCUCAGUCUACACUAAUGUCAAGUCUAAGGUGGUCACGUCACGUUCCAGCUCGUCUCACGAGCUCGAUGAAGCUCUCAAGGAAGCCGAGGCGCAGAGAGAAGCUGCCAAUCUCUCUAGCGGUUUGGCUGUCUCGGGCUCAUCGUCGACUGCUACUCCGACCACUACACCAACCCAAUCGGAAAAGCCAGUGGCCUAAACUAAAAAAACAAAAAAAAAAGAAAGAAGAACACAAAUGGGAUAUUCAUCCUCGAUCGAGAAACUGAUUAUGUUUGAUCUCUUUUAGUUGAAAAAAGAGCAAAAACAAAAACAGUUUGUCAAUUCCCAACUUCAUUAAAGUCUUUACCGUAAUCAAUUUCUUUCUCACUUUUCCUUAUUUCAUUAUUAUUAUUCUUUGCGUGCGUUUAUUAUUUUUUCGAGGUAAAAAAAAAGGAGCUAUUCUUUUUAAUGUAUCCGCAACCGUUGGGAUAACUUUAGAGGGAUCUAAUAAGACAGUUUCUUUCUACAUCAGAAAAACCAAGUGAAGUAACUGCCAACUUCAUUAGUAGCAGCAUAAGGGAAGCUAAAGAAAAACGAAAAGUAAUAAGCUAGUUACGCCUAAGUGGUGAAUGUGAAUUUAGGGAUGUCCAGGUGUGUUACCUCCCCUUGAUUUCCUCUCGAUUUUUUUUUUUAACGAGUGUGUUAGUGUUCAAUCCUAUAUCUGUCACCUCUCUUGCACACGUCGUUCACCGUGAAAACUGGUGAUUGAAAGAACGAGAGAGAAGAAACUGUGAUGGCCGAACACGACUUUGUUGAUUUGCACUCGUUUAUUUCUUUUCUCCCUACCCACUUAACCUCUUUCCAUCAUUCACAUUGUUUAAUCACGCAACCACCCGCCAUCUUUGCCUCCCCUGACGAAUCCCUUCGAUGGCACCCCUCGAUUAUUCAUUGGUUUUUCCAUGUUAAAUUUUUUUUUCUCUCCCUCUCUGUUAAAGUCUUCGCAGAAAAUAUGGGCAUCAAUAUUUCUUGAUUGAAAUGAAACUCUUCGUAUCCAUCUCAAUGAAAUUUCCCAGCUCUCCAGUGGUUCGAUUUGUUAUUAAAACUUAUUUCUUAACAUUUUUUUUUUUUUUUUUUUUUUUUUUUUUUUUUUUUUUGCAAUUUUCUAUUAUUGUUUAGCUUUGGGAAGCGCGGAGUCCUAAAAAAGAAAUUGUCAUCUGAUCUAAUAAGUGUUUUUCCAUCGUUUCGUUAUGUCGAAAUUCUUUCUGUCGGCAGGUUUAUCUAUUCGAUCUUUUUCUUCCUCUACAACAACAAAAAAAAAUCAUUGCUCGUUUUUCUCUCACUGGAAAUACAACGUUUAGCUUAAUGA